AUGAUCUCGCGACAGGCAUUGCUGCGCUCCGCGCGGACGGCAGCUCCCCAGCGUGCCCUCGUCGGCCAAACUCGCACCUUCGCCGCGCCGGCCUCGAGCGACAGGGUGAAACCUCCGGUCGCCCUCUUCGGCCUCGACGGCACCUAUGCCACUGCUCUGUACACGGCCGCCGUCAAGACAUCUUCCCUCGAGCCCACGGCCAAGGGCGUCGCUGCCCUCGGCACCCUCCUGCAAAAGGACCAGAAGCUCGCCACGAUCCUCGGGGCCCCGACCCUAUCAGCCUCGGACAAGUCCGCCAUCGUGGCCGAGCUGCAGAAGCAGGCCGGUGCCACUGGCGAGACGGUCAAGAACUUCCUCUCCACCCUCGCCGAAAACAACCGUCUGGGCCUGCUCCCCGGUGUCUGCAACAAGUUUGGCGAGCUGAUGAGCGCUGCUCGUGGUGAGGUCGAGAUGGUGGUUACCAGCGCUCAGCCUCUCGACAACAAGACUCUGAACCGCCUUGAGACUGCCGUCUCCAAGUCAAACUACAUCUCCCCUGGCCAGAAGCUCAAGGUCAAGAACACGGUGAACCCCGACAUUGUUGGCGGCCUGAUUGUGGAGGUCGGCGAGAGGACAAUUGAUCUGAGCGUGUCAUCCAAACUGGCCAAGAUGAACAAGCUCCUUACCGACACCCUGUAA